AUGAUCUCCUUAUCCCAUCCAUCUACCAACACCUCUUCAUCGACAGGGCAAUCAUCAAUUGUCCAAGAAAAUCCACCUCCACAAUUUCACAUUCUCUGGUUCGAUACCAAUUUUUCACAUCUCUCCGAGUCCAUUUCGAAAUUUCACAAUGUGCUUUUUAACACACUCGUUCAUAAAUGUCAUUUGGAAAAAUUGAUCAAUCAUCCGACACAUUUGCAAUCUUCGAGUCAUUGUGUUCAAUAUUUGAAGGAUAUUUGUAAACAAAUUGGAAUUUUAAAUCUUGUAGCGGAGGAAGAAUAUCAAAAUCAAUUAUUGGAAAUUUCUAAUAGUGAUCGAUUUAUUAAAAUUGAAAAUGAUGAAGAACAUAAAACCUCCCGAUCACUAUUGAAUCAUCAAGAUCAUCACUUAUUAAUUAUUACCUCUCUAGGAGGAAAUGACAAGAAGGGAUUGACUAUUUUGGAAAGUGUCAAAAUACUGAAACAGAGCUAUCCCAACUCUAAAAUAUUUAGCGCUGUCUACAGUCAAACAGCCAUGCACGACACUAUUUUACAAAAUAUUUGUUCUCAAGUAUAUCAAGCAGAUUUUGUUUGCAAUUACGAACUCAAAUGGAAUUUUCCAAUGAUCGAACAACCAAGUUCAAUCAUGUCCUUGGAGUGUUUUGUGGCCAAUCUCUAUCAAGAAUCCUAUUAUCCAAAACUUGUACAUUAUAUUCAUAGUCACGUAUUGAAAUUAGACAAAAGCAUGAAUUUAGGAGCUAAAUUUGCAAACUUUUCACCAUCUUCGCCUCUGAUUAAACCUUUCAUGAAAUUAGUGGCAGAAGAAGAACGAGAACAAAAAAAGAAGGAACAACAACAAGAUUAUGACACGACCUAUGAAUGGAUUCCACUUCGAAAAAUUGCACACAAUUUGCAUUUACGACAUUCCACACAAGCUUCCAAAUUUUCACAAAAAUCUUCGACCAUGCUUCAUCAUCAUCCUGCCUAUGUCGUGUUAAUUGCCACCGGAGGACUCAAUCCUCCACACAACAUGCACUUGCACAUGCUUCGACAAGCUCAAGAUUUUGCUGAAAAUUUUUAUGAACUUCGAAUGAAGGAAUUGUGUUCAACCAACAAAAAAUUGAAAAAGGAAUUAUUUGAAAAACAUGUCAGACCUUUGGAAAUUGUUGGAGGAUUCAUGUCACCCAGUCACGAUGCUUAUAUUCAUUCAAAAAUGGUGAAAUACGAUCAUGCCAAAGAUGGACAAAAAGCAUAUAAUGCCCAUGAACGAUUGUUACUUUGUGAACUCGCUUCACAAGAUGAUCCAUUCAUUUCUUCUUAUCCAUGGGAAAGUAUGCAAUCGACAUUUGUGAGCUUUUCACAAGUUGCGAACACCUUGUCACAAUUUUUACGAUCCUCAGAAUGUCCAUUGUCCAUCUUGAUGCCACAACAUCCUCAAACACGAACGUUGCAAGAUUCCAAAUCAUAUCUUCGAGUGGCAUUUGUCAUGGGUGCAGAUUUAAUUUUGAGAGCAAGUGCCAGACGUUUUGAUUAUGUCAAUGAUAUGAUGACAUUUGUCAUUGGAAGAAGUGGUUCAGAUUCACAACAGGUAUUAGCUUCUCUUCAAAAUAUUCAUUCGAAUUUACCUGUAUUUUAUGUCGAUCCAGAUUUGAAUUUUAAAAAUUCGACUAAUUCGACGACAAUGACAGAUUUAAGCUCCACACAAGUUCGAAAAUUAUUGAAAAUUAUGAGACUUGAUUCGAAGGCACAUGAUCUACAACAAAUGAAUGAAUGGAGUAAGGAAAGUCGAGAGGCAUAUGAGACACUGCGUCAAGUUUUGGAUGAAAAGGUCUUGAAUUAUAUUGUCACACAUUUGAAUCAAUAA